AAGGAGGAACAUCAUGUCCAACCUGGAGAAAAACCUUUGAGUCGCUCAAAGACUAAACAUACAUUUUUAAAGAAAAGAAGAGCCAAGAAAUCUUUCACCUGCACUCAGUGUGGAAAGAGUUUCAGAAACACACAAAGUCUUGAGAUUCACAAGAUGAUCCACACCGGAGAGAAACCACACACAUGUGACCAAUGUGGAAAGAGCUUCAGACAAAUACCAAAUCUUAAGCAACACAUGAUGAUCCACACCGGAGAGAAGCCGCAUGAAUGUGAUCAAUGUGGGACAAGCUUCACAGCAAAAGUUCCUCUUCAGGAACACAUGAGGAUCCACACCGGAGAGAAACCAUACACAUGUGGUCAGUGCGGGAAGAGUUUCAGGCAAUCAUCAUCCCUUAAUAGACACUUGAGAAUCCACACUGGAGAAAAGCCACAUAUGUGUGGUCAGUGUGGGAACAGUUUCACAUACAAGCAUAAUCUUCAUGCUCACAUGAGACUUCACACUGGAGAGAAGCCGUUCUCAUGUGAUCAAUGCGGCUACAAAUUUCAUGCAUCAACAAACCUGAAGCAACACCUGAGAGUUCAUAUAAAGGAGGAGAAGCCACAUGUAUGUUCUGUGUGUGGAAAGAGUUUUUCAUGGCUGUCAUAUUUACAUAAACAUCAGAAAUUACACACUGGUGUGAGAGAGUACAUGUGCUUUGAGUGUGAGAAGACUUUUACUACAGCAAAUGGUUUAAAACAACACCAGAGAAUUCACACUGGAGAAAAACCUUACAAGUGUUCAUACUGCGACAAGAGAUUCAGUCAGUCAUCAACUCUGAAAACACAUAAGAUGAUCCACACUGGAGAAAAACCUUACAAGUGUUCACACUGCGACAUGGGAUUCAAUCAGUUAGCAUCUCUGAAAACACAUAAGAGGAUCCACACUGACCUGCGUGAAGUGGAGGAGGAACAUCACGUUAAGCCUGGGGAAACACAUUUGACUCAUUCUGAGACAACAAAUAUAUUUUUAAAGAGAGGAAGAGCCAAGCAAUCAUUCACCUGCACUCAGUGUGGAGAGAGUUUCACAACCAAAGAUAAUUUUGAGAUUCACAUGAGCGUUCAUACUGGAGUAAAGCCGUUCACUUGUGAUCAGUGCGGCAAAACAUUUGAUGGAUCAACGAGCCUGAAGAAACACCUGAGAGUUCAUACGAAGGAGAAGCCACAUUCAUGUUCUGUGUGUGGAAAGAGUUUUUCACUGCUGCCAUAUUUACAUAAACAUGAGAAAAUACACACUGCUGUGAGAGAGUACAUGUGCUUUGAGUGUGAGAAGACUUUUACUACAGCUGAUCAUUUAAAACAACACCAGAGAAUUCACACUGGAGAAAAACCUUACAAGUGUUCACACUGCGACAAGAGAUUCAGUGUGUCAUCAUAUCUGAAAAAACAUGAGAAAAUCCACUCUGGAGAAAAACCUUACAAGUGUUCACACUGCGACAAGAGAUUCAGUCAGUCAUCAAUUCUUAAAACUCAUGAGAAGAUCCACACUGGAGAAAAGCUAGUUUCUAGUUCCAGACUCAAGCCAACUCUUAGCAAUCGCAAGAGAGUUCACAAUGGGAAGAGGCGUCAGUCAGAAGUGAAUCACAGCAUUAUUCAUGACGUUUAACCCCCCCACACACAGCCAUUCUGACAUUAACAGCCCUAUUCUAACGAUCUAAGCGCAUAAUACUGCGUCAUUUACUUUAGAACAGGUUUUUGUUUUUGGUUAAAAAUAUUGAGAAGAGGCUUAUCCACUAUAGGUAACACUUCUUUCAGAUGUUUAGUUGGUAUAGGAUCUAAUAAACAUGUUGUUGUUUUAGAUGAAGUGAUACGUUUAUUUUUUACUAUUUUUGUUCUAUAUUUGUAAAGCGGCGUAGUUGUUCUUGCGGGCUGAUAAUUGCGGCUGAAUCAUAAGGCGCGAGCAAAGAUUGAAUGUUUACAAUUCUGGUUCUGAUGCUUUCAAUUUUCUCAGUGAAGUUCAUAAAAUCAUUACUACUAAACUGGAACGAGGUAUUUUGUUCAGAUGAUGUCUGUUUAUUUGUUAGUCUAACCACGGUGUUAAAUAAAUACAUUGGAUUAUU